AUGGUUGAAGUGGUCAAUAUAUCAGGAUAAAAAAGUUAAAUUAUACCUAAAGGUGAAAUUAUCAUCUUAGAAAAUUAUCAAGAGUUUUACCUAAACUCAAGAACUAAAGAUCCUCAAGGAUUGCUAUUAGAUUAAAAAAAGCAUUAGCCAGCUUUAUGCUAUUUUAGAUAAAAAAAUUAUUAGAAUUGGAUAGUGAUGAGUAAAAAGAGAGAACCUGAUUAACCAGAUGGUUUAGAUGGUUAGGAUCUGUAAACUAGAUAAAGGAAAGUUUAAUUCACAUAUAAGCGAGAAAUAAAUGAUUUAAAUAGGCAGAAUGACUAAUAAAUAGAGAAACAAGUAAGGUAGAAUGAAUAAUAUAAGUAAUAUUAGACAAUUAAAGGAAGUGCUGACAGCAUAAAGUUGA